UUCUUAGACAGUUUUUUUGUAUUCUUUGUUGAGAGUGUCUAUCUAUAUCGACUAUACGUUGCUUUCAGUGGUGGCUGCUUUGUUUAUCUCUUUGAUCCAUUCAUUAUUCGUCUAUUCUUUUCGUGAGGUAUUGCUCUGUCGAAGUUAUAAUAGGACUGUGUCCCUCUACAAUUCUUUAUCUCUACUACCUAUAUACCUACUAGGAUAUAGUAUAUACACUGCAUAAUCGACAACAUCACCGACAACCAGCGCUCUCGCCAUCAACAGAAUCUACCAGCACAAAUGUGGCAACAAGGCGCCCUAGGCGCAACCUACCAAGUCGCCCGUCUCUUCCAAAGCAUCAGUCUGAUCGCCAUCAUCGGGUUGACCGCGAACUUUAUCUCUGAGAUCGUUGCCGUCAACGGCGAGCCACCGUCUAUUUUGAUCGGGACGUUGACUGUGACAUGCAUAGUAGUAAUCUACUGCAUAAUCACAUUCAUCCUCCUCCUCGACACAAUCCUCCCCUACCUAGCCGCCGCCAUCGCCGACACCCUCUGCCUCAUAGCCGUCAUCGUGGUGGCAGUCAUCAUCGGCAAACCGCUCUCCUACCUCAAAUGCGAGGAGAUCGGGCGGGGGGGCGACGGAGACGGAGACGACUCGAGCGCUUACGCGUUCGCCACACACCUGGACAGCUAUCUGGCGCAUUUGGGCAAGAAGAUCGAGUAUGGGAGUUUGAUUGGGGCGAGUAAGGCGGUUUGUUUGGAGGCGAAGAGUAUUUGGGGGUUGAGUAUUGCCUUGUGUAUCAUGUUUUUCUUUUCGGCGGUAUGUCUGGUCUGUCUUUGGAAGCAGAAGAAGGGGCCUGGUGGGAAGGAGGAUGUUUGAUCAAUUUAGGUAUGUAUGUGUGAGUAUUGAGUAGGAGAAGUGAUGGAGUGAGAGAGUGAGAGUGAGUGAGUGGAUGUAAUAUCUGUGUUUAUGCUGGCAUAAUGAUGGGGUGAUCCUGAUGGAUGUAAUCUGUUUGCUGAUUUGGAUUUCUUGUUGUCUUGUCUUGUCAUUUUACCAUAUAUAUGUUUGUGUAUUUGCAAUAUAUACU